CCCACCAGAGCGCGACUUCGAGUGCCGAUUUCUCCUCCUUUCUCUGCUCAGUUCCAGUCUCUUUCGUCAUUCUUCGUCUCUCCCGCAUUUUUGUUCUUGCCCAAUUCGUAACCGUAUACCCUCCAAAACAGCCAGCUUCGACAGCCUUCAAAUUCCCGGGGAAAAAAUUAAAAACUUAAACAUUAAACUCGGCUUACCAUCGCCGCGAAUUCCCGAUCCCUGUAUUCCACUUAAAAAAAAACCUCUAUCCAACACCACGAAAUGUUCGCUACAAAGGCCCUCCGUCAGGCUGCUGCGCACGCCGAGCGUCAGCCCCUUAUCAAGUUUAUUGGCAAGAGGAACAUCCCAGCCUCAGUCGACCACACGCCUCAGCCUCACCCCGCAGCCCCGGGCAACAUCCUCCCCGGCAGCGGCGCCACCACCUUCAGCAAGUACCGCGAGCACGCUCAGCAGUUCGGUCCCCUGCGCAAGACCAUCAAGUCGGGCGACGAGGGUCUUGUCGGUGGUACCUCCGGUCACGAUCUCGGCCCUGUCCAGCCCAGCAAGAGCGGCGUCUUCUUCGACCGCAACGAGCUUCCCUCCAGGUUCCACCGCCAGCCUCUCAGCAUGGCCGAGAUCGAGGCCAUCGAGACCGGUGGCGCCGCCCUCUUUGCAUGAAUGACAGGGGCAGCAACUGGAAAGUUAACGGCAUUUUCCGGUUAUUAAUUGAGUAAAGACAAAAAGACGGGCGACGCAAGAGCGCUUUGUCAUACGUGGGAGAGAUUUAAAAAAAAUGAUGGAGAGACUUCAACUCGAGAGUAACAAAAGACCUCAAGAGCCGGCAACUUGAUGGUCAGAAAGGCUGGGGCCAAGGCGAAACCCCCAUGGCGCCGACGUUAACUUCCGAUUUAUUCGACGGGAACAGCAUCGGCACCGGACAAACCAAGAACACGGAAAAACAAGCGCCCGGAGUCAGAACGGCAGCGAUGGCGUACAUGUUUUAUUUUUGUUUAAAACAAAAUGGGAUCAAAAAAGGCGCCGCACAAAGAUACCACGAGAAAAUACAGAGGGUCGGUGUACGAGGUAUGGGGAGCAAUACGAUGAUUUGACCCUCGCCGAGACUUGUCUUCUGUUCUCAACCCCUUUCAUAAAAAAUUGUAUAUACUCCUGCAUUACUUGGGUUUCAUGUUGCAUGACGGGGCAAGGCAUAGACAUGUCGCCUGGGUCAAUUUUCCUAUAUGGUUUUUUUUUUGGAGUGGUUUAUUCGAAUUGAGCGUUUUGGAAGACAGAUAGAGAAGCAACUAUGCUAAUGGCUCGUCGGCUGCUGCAGGCCGCGGGCAGGUAUAUAGCAACCUCUUCACAUAUAGUCCAUUACUCCAGUUCUGGCAGUUUGUUUCUCCAAUCCUUUCGAUAUUCUUUGCGCCAUUCACUAUUUUCGGGGCCAUUGCAUAUAAAUUUUUGAAGAUGAAAUUGAUGAUUAAUGUACAACUGACGUAUUGUCGUAUACAAUAGUAUCCGGACUAUACCC